CCUAGUUUGUGACCCACAUUGACCCUCUUUAAUUCUGCUUCAGCAUUGGAAAGAUGUUGGCAACUAAAAGGUGUGGUGAUAGUCUUACAAGAAGCUCAGAUGAGAGUAAAAGAACCAGGUCAUUGGUUUCAGGUGACUCAAAUUGGUACCCUGAUGAAGGUAUCUGGAGUGGCCUGGGUAAAGAAGGUGUUUUGAGAUUGUCCAGAAGUGUUGUCUCGCUUGCUUUGUCAGAUGGGGAUACAGUGCUAUUUUCGUGCUCUGGCAUAGCUAUAAAAUUCAUGAUGAAUGGUACAAGGUUUCUGACUUCAGCAAGUUUGGUUCGAGCUUUCGAGAGUUAUAAAGACAAAAACCAUAAUAACCUUAAGAUUGAAGUGCGCCAUGAAGGAAAAGUCGCCACUGGAUUUCUGAAGGAAUCUGAUUUGGACCUUGAGAUUGCUAUUGUCCACGUCGAUUCCUCCUUUGAUGUUCUUCCCGUAUUUCUCUAUCAUUGGAGUCAAUUUAUGCUGUAUUGCGAUGUAGUAUCAUUAGGGCGUGACACAUCAGGCAAAUUAAUGGCCAUAACUGGGAAGCUUACUCGUGAUUGGAGUGGAUUUAAUGAAAGUGAAUAUCUUAUGUUCUCUUCUUGUAAAUUAUCUGAGGUUUGGGAAGGUGGCCCUCUUUUUAGUUACAGUGGGGAGUUUGUUGGCAUGAACCUUGUUCCAAGUAUGAAAAAAUCAUUUUUCUUGCCCACGAGUUUGAUUAUUGAACGGCUGCAGCAUUUCUGGACAUCUCUGGAAAGGAAUGCAUUUCUGACACGGGUAAAAGAGUUAAAGAAAUUGAGGGUUGGAGAACUGACAGAUGAUACCCAGGACUCACAACCUGAAGGUGCUCCGAACAAGGAUCAUCUAGAAGUGGUGGGCUAUCCCAAGCCAACUGGCACCGGUAGUGGAAUGAAAUUGGUUUAUACUUUUGAAGAGUGUUUUGGUGAUGUUUACCGUGAUGGUAUCUGGAAGAAACUUGGUAAAAGAUUUUGUCGAAAGAUAUGUCGAAGUGUUGUCUCCCUUGCUUCAUUUACCGGCGAUUAUUCAGUUUAA